AUGGCAGUUGGCCCGUGGACCUUGACUGUGGCGCCCGUCACUAGCAACGGCCUCCCAAAGAAGACGAGGUCUAGUGAGAUGGAGGUGGAUGGUGGCGGCUCGGAAACACUGAUCGGAAACAAAGGUUGCCGGGAAUCCGACAGCACGGCUCGCGAUGGAAAUCAGUCCCAACCGCGGCGCCGGCGCCUGCUUCUCUCUACCGAUAGCGCGUUUGCCGACACAGUUCUUCCCUCCCUCGUGCAAAAUCCGUCCAUCGAACUGCGCCUGAUCACCGACGAACCCUCCGCUUUGCUCACGGGCACGAACAAGAUCCCACAUUACAUGGACACAGUGGAUAGCCAAACCUUCGACAAGAAAACUGGGGCUCGAAAAUGGCUGCAGGCCAAAACGGCGGAGCUUUGCGAGUGGGCGGACAUGCUGUUGGUUGCGCCUAUCGAUGCCGGAGCUCUGGGGGCGAUGCUGGCAGGCUUGACCAACACCCUCACACUAGCACUUCUUCGCGGCUGGGUCUCGAAAAAGCCGGUGAUUCUCAUCCCUGGCAUGACGGUGUCCGAAUGGGAUCAUCCCUUGAGCGCCCGACAGUUGGACGAAAUCGGUCGCUUUUGGCCGUGGAUUCGAAUCGUCAAGCCCGUCCUUUGGAGAUCUAAUGGCCCGGAGGAACUGGAAAUCUUGCCUUGGGAUGGGUUGGGGAAGUUACACGCUACACUGGAAAAAACACUACAGAUCCCGCCUUGGAACGCUUCCCGGGCUACUGGGGCAGGUCCCCAUGGCUCUGCGACGCCGGAUCAAGGCCCAUCAAACUCAUUAUACGCACCUCCCCUGAACCGCGGUGCUACCGGAUCCACACAUACAAAGUCCGCAGGGAGUGCCGACUUUCUACCACUCGAGAUCUGGCUCAGCGUGUUUGAAGACCACCUCGGAGAUUGGGAAACGGCAAAAGCCGUAGGACUUCCGGUCAAUAUCCCAGUACCCCAAGAAUGGCAGAGUCAUCUACCGAAAAUGUCGACGCCUGCUACUCUCGAAUACACCAUCCUCCGAGGAUCCUUUGCUGCGAUUAAAAAGCGCAUCGAAGCGCUUCCUCGCUGGAAACCCCUUUCCGACCUCGCCUGCCAUCUCAUCGUGAAGUUCUCCCGAACAGACAUCCUCUCAUAUCUGACCGAAAAUCACCUCGACCUCCUUUGGACGACCUCUCGACUCACAAGUAUCCCUUACCGGGCAUCUGCCAUUUACGGCAACCCGAACGUUCUCACCUGGUGGCGUGAUGCCCCCGCCCUCCCCAACAAAGAAUACGGCGCAGACGCCAUGGACGGCGCCUCUCGAGCAGGUUUCAUCACCGUGCUUGACUGGUGGCUUCAUUCAGGACUUCCGCUGCGAUACAGCGAGCGAGCCCUCGAAGCUGCCAGCGCAGAAGGCCGCGUGGAAGUACUCGACUGGUGGAAACGCGCAUGCGCCAACCCCCCAUCACACAUGCCCAUGCCACUGAAAGUUGGCAAAAGCGUUCUCCUCGCGGCUCAAAUGGGCCGCAUCGCCUCGCUUGGCUGGUGGGACGCCUCAGGGAUUCCAUACAGCCAUGCCGAAAAUGUCGCCCGUAUCGCGAGCACACAUGGCCAUGUGCACGUCCUCGAAUUCUGGUACAAGCUCAAAGGGCCCAAAAUGAUCUUCGAUAACCAGGUCCUGGUCGGUCCGACGAAAAACGGCCACGAUCAGGUUCUGCAAUGGUGGAAAACCUGCGGCAUGCGGGUGGAGUUCAAAACCUGUGAUAUCGAGGAAGCGCUUGAAGAUGCUGAUCCGUCUUCCGGGGCUGAGGGUCGUGUUCGACGAUGGUGGGAGCGCAAUGGGCUCAACCUCGGGGUUGGUACAAGUGAGUGGAUGAGACCCAAAAUUCUGUAA